AGAAGAAAAACCCCAAAGAGUAACAUAUAUUCCUCCUGCACCUCCUGAAGAUGAGGAAGAGAUUUUCACGACCAUACAACAAGGAAUAAACUUUGAUAAUUAUGAUAACAUAGCUGUGGAAGUUACUGGAAGGGAUCCAGUUAAGCCUAUCAAUAGUUUUGAUGAGGCAGCUCUUUACGAGACUUUUAAAUCAAAUGUUAAAAAGGCUAAAUAUGUGAAACCUACUCCAGUACAAAAGUACUCUAUACCUGCUAUCUUAGCUGGACGAGAUGUAAUGGCUUGUGCUCAAACAGGAUCUGGAAAAACUGCUGCUUUUAUUUUACCUGUAAUGACUGGUAUGAUGAAUAAUGGAUUAACAGGGAGUCAGAUGAGCAUGAUACAAGCUCCGCAGGCCAUAGUUAUUGCCCCAACUAGAGAACUUGCUAAUCAGAUAUUUUACGAAGCUUACAAAUUUGCUCGUGGCACAAUGUUGAAGCCCUGUGUCUGUUAUGGUGGUGUAUCCGCUGGUCAUCAACUCUCAAAGAUUGAAGCUGGUUGUCAUUUACUUGUUGCAACCCUCACAUUGAUGGAUUUCAUUGGUCGGAGAAAGAUUUCCCUGGAAGGUCUGAAGUAUUUGAUUCUCGACGAAGCAGACAGGAUGUUAGACAUGGGUUUUGAACCAGUUAUUCGCGAGCUUGCGUCAAACCCGAACUUUCCCGCUAAAACUGAACGACAGACACUUAUGUUCAGCGCAACGUUUCCAGAGGAAAUACAAAGACUUGCUGGUGAAUUUUUAAAUGAUUAUCUUUUUCUUACUGUUGGUCGAGUUGGUAGUGCUACUGCCGACAUUGAACAGAAUAUUUGUCAAGUUUCUGAAUUCGAGAAACGCGAUAAGUUAGUCGAAAUACUUAAUGAUGCUGGCAGUGACAGAAUCCUUGUCUUUGUGGAAACGAAAAGGAUGGCGGAUUUCUUGGCAAGCUAUCUUUCGCAAACUGGUUUUCCCACCACCAGUAUUCACGGAGACAGGCAACAAAGAGAAAGAGAGGAAGCCUUAUAUGACUUUAAGAAAGGACGUACUCCAGUUAUGGUAGCGACGUCAGUUGCUGCACGUGGUCUUGAUAUACAAGAUGUAAAACAUGUGAUCAACUAUGAUUUGCCAAAAGAGAUAGAGGAAUAUGUCCACCGUAUUGGGCGAACAGGAAGGAUUGGGAACAAGGGCAAAGCAACGUCAUUUUUCCAGUCAGAUAAAGAUGCAAACAUAGCUAGAUCUUUGGUGAAAGUUCUUGGUGAUGCCGAACAAGACGUUCCGGACUGGUUAGAAGAACAAGCUGAAAGUGCAAUUGGCACAAACUAUGGACCUGCUGGUGGUCGAUUUGGUGGAAGAGAUACCAGAAGGUUUGAUAAAGGUAACAGUGACGGUGGACAUAAUGAUGACUUCAACAUUAAUGGUGGUGAUGACGCUUGGGGUAUAAAUGACUCAAAAAAUACUGGAGAUGUGCCAUCCCCCUAUGCAGAAGACAACGUAUCCCAUCUUUAUUGUGGCUCCGGGAAACUGCCAAAAACUUACUUCAAGUUUAGAUCUCCUAUGAUCCACGUCGUAUACAGACAAUCCAAAUGAAUCAGAUCGUUUUCAUUUCGAGUACAGAUCUCGUACGACUGAUGAUAUGUACAGUCUUCAAGAGAUUGCCGGAGAGAGCAUAAUGUUAGCUGAUAAACCUGCUGAAGACUAUGUUGUUUUAGGGUCAUUUAAAGAAAAUGAAUGAUAGUAAGUAGGUUUGACCGUAGGUUGCAUCACACCAUUCUGAUAUGCAUUGUAACUUUAUCUUAUACUAUUCCCUCACGGCUAAAGUUUAUUUGCAGCAAAAGAUUUCUCAUAAAGGCUUAAUUUUCCUGCCUUAUAACUAUCAUCAGCAUUCAGCAAAUUGAGUCCAAUUGUUUUAAUUUUUUAAUAAUUUAUAAAAUAUGAUGAAAUGAAUAAUAUUAUGUUA